CGACGAUGAUGUCGCAAAAAAUAAUGGUCCAAGAUUUCAACAACGGCCAGCAGAGCAUGAGCCUCAUUGUUUAUUCCGGAAUAGAAGAGCUUCGUCUUCUUUGUCUUGCGUGGUUGCCACAAAUCAAUCCCAUUACUUCCUUGUAUCGUUGUGUUUUGUGUUUAUUCACUACUAUCACUACUAUCGAUAGACUGAUAGAUAGAUAUCUAUCUACUAGUAUAGUCUAUGAUAGAUAGAAUACUGAGAUAGAUAGAAUACUGAGACUGAGAAUUGAGCUACUAAGAGAUGAUUGCGUUUACCAACGCCAAGACAUCGUUGGCGGCGGAGCGAGCGUUGGACGCGGGAGAAGAAGUGGAAGACACACUAUGGGUGGGAAGUGGACGAUUCGACGGAGCGGCCGUGCGUCGUCAAUUGGCCCAACACAAGAGUAUUCGCGCCGGAUCGCAGCAUUUACUGCAGUCGAUGAAAUUUUGGGAAUCGCUGCGAUUUGGUGGUGGCGGUCGUCGCAAUAGUAGUGAUGAUGCUCGAGAUAGCAGUGGACGACGCGAGUUGGAGUAUCCGACGACACCUACUACACCAUCAACAAGUAAUCAUGGAAGAGGAGUCGGCCAUCGGAUGCGCAGUCUGUUCCAACAUCAUCAUGACUUGGCACAGAAUCUGGUAGAUGGUUGUCCAUUGCAGCGAGACCAUUAUCAAUUGCAACGCGCCAAUCAAUUGCUGUCCAUGAGAUGUGAAGCGUCGCGUAGUAUGAGACGCCAACGGGGAGGAGGCAAUCAAUUGAUGCAGUGGGUAAUGGACGAGACCAAAAGUCCCAUACAGACAAUGCAAGCAACCACCAAAUUUGGAUUUCCCUUUUUCGGACACAAUAAUGAUCGACAGCAAGUAUUGCAACGAAAGAACUUGGAACUCAUGGAACAGCAGCAACAAGAGCAAAACAAUUACCUACAAACGGGAAUUCCAACCUACUCCAGUGACGACAAUGGGUUGGAUACCUCUGAACAGGGGGACCAAGCUGACACUUCUUUGAGGAGCAGUCACAACAACACCUAUCAAUCUACUGGAUCUACACAACCACCGCUGCAACCCCGAAAAUCCCAAACCAAACCGAAAAAGAAAAAACGCAAAUGGAGAUUGUGGUUGCCACAUCGCAAAGAGCCCAUAGAUCUGGUGCAUCCUGCGUCAUCACAAGACAGUGAGGGAUCUUCAACGUUAUCUUCCAACAUGGUGUAUCGCGGCCAUUCCAAGUUACCGGCUGAUGUACAACUCAAACAACAAUUGGCCAAGGCACAAAAAAGACGAACUGUCAAUCGAGGAUCCCGACACCUCGAAUCUCAGUUGGAAAAUUCCACCACUUUCAAUUCCAAUUCCGGCAACUUUCGCCAACCAUCCGAGGAAUUUUCCAAUUUUGACAGUACCAAUCAUCCUCCUCCAUCAUCCACCUACUCGUCCUUUCGAUCCACACGAAAUGAUGUUCACUCCAAUCAACCACUCCUCAUCAAACAAACUCGCACCAAGGGACUCUCCUCCGUCGCUGGUGGCAGUAAUAUCGGUCAAAGCAUUCUCGACGACGACGAACAUACCAUUCGCAGUGGUCAACACAACAAUAACAAUCCACUACGCAAACAACAAUCCUCCUCCUAUGUCCCACGACACGUCCAAAUGCACUUGCCACACAGUCGAGGCAGUAUUCUCGUACAACAAAUAUCCGGACUCUCCAUUGAUACCAUUGCCCGCUCCUUGGAUACAUCAACGCCCCAGGAAGGUGGAACGAUGAUUACCAUGCCCAAAUCAUUGAUUGCCAUGUCCACCGGUAGUGCCGAAACGGAUGAAGAAACCAUCCACGACGAUGAUGAUGAUGAUGAUGACAAUGCCGACAGCAACAAUUAUUACAGUGUCCAGGAAUUACUCAAUAGCAGCAACAAACUAGAGACACGACGCACCACCCAUCACGAUGCCGUACUGACAUCCCACAAGCGACGAUCGUUUGCCAAACGACAAAAUGGACAAAAACAAGAUCCCGAAGGAACGCGAUUUCGAUAUUGGUUUGAAACAGACGAUGAUGAUGACGAUGAUCAUGCCAGUCAUGACGGCAGUCACGAUAGCGGUAGUUUCGUUCCAGGCACGCAUCGGGUAUUCCCACAAAACAACAAAGGAAUGGUUCGAUUGGAAUGUCUCGAAGAAGUUGAAGAGGAAUCGGAACACAUGGACGAGUCCAUGCGCAGCAGUCGACCUGCGUCUAAAGGUCGGGGGGUCGAUCCUAGUUUUGGUAGUUCCUUUUACGGGUUGGAUGAUGAUCCAAGUAAUCUCUUGGACAUUCCAAAGGUCCGAAAGCAUUCCAACACGUCGUCCACAGCGGGUCGUUUCGGCAGUCUCUUUUCCAAAAGUGCCACCAGCCAAUCGUCGUCGUUGUUCUCCAACAGCAACAAUAAGCUCAGUACGACACCCAGUCAAUCUUCCAUUUACGUUCCACCACGGAACAACACCAACAACAAUAAGAAACAUGACCCGCCUCGUCGCCAGUCGAUUGAUGCGCCCACAUGGGAUCCCAAUGGACCUGACGAAGAGGAACACGUGCAAGACGGAAAACGGGACAGUAACACGAGUGAUGUCAGUCAAUUGACCACUCACUUGGAUUUGUCCCAAACCAGUCUUUCUCCGCCACGAUUGUCGUCGGUGCCCAAAAUCACGGAGGGACGCGGGGACAGUCAAUCGUCCUUGGAUAUAUCUGGAUUGGAGGAUGAUUCCCAAAAUAAUCGGAACGCGGCCAGCAUGAGCUCGUUGGAGUACAACCAUGGCAACAACAGUCGUCCGCGCGACAAAGCCGCCGCCGCUGCGUUUGCUAGAAACAGUGCCAGCAUGUCCGAACUCGACAAUCACCGACGACGACAGUCGUUGCCGGCACUGGGGGCACGGCAGCAGGGAAUUCGAGGAGGCAUCCUGGCGGAAUGUGCCCAGGAAGCGCUCCUUGAUGCGUCACGACGGGAAGAAGAAGAGCUUCGGGAGAUUGCUCGAAAGGCAGCAAAAAAGGCCCCACUCCGACGAACACAAACAGCUCCAGAACCACGUCGUAUAGUGAGCAUGGAGGACGAAGUCGAUACAAAGAAAACGGCCAUCCAGUCCUAUGACUGGUGGAAGGAUCCGCCUGGAAGCACCGCAGAAGAUACGGAGAAGAAUUUUGAAAUUCUGUGGAAGGGAACUGGUGUGGAUGCACCCGCCACGGAUGCACCCACUGCCAGUGAAACACCCGACACAACGAAUUCAGCUUCCGAUGCGAUUGCCGAGGCUUGGUGCAAUUUGAAAGAGGACUAUGAUGAUGAAAUGGAUUCAAAAUCCUUUGGCUCCAACCUGUACGUUGUGUGGGAUCAACAAGGAAAGGAGGAUCCAUAUAUUGUAGUAAGCGAGGGACCCUCCUUUGACUCGAUGGGACUUACCAGUGACCAUCAUCACUACCAUGACACGAGGUCAGUAGUGUCCGAGCCAGCGCACAUGGGGAUGUUUGACGACUCGUUUCACACAACUGAUGACAUGGACGAGAACAAAAAGUGGUUAAUGGCUUGGGAUGAUCUGGCACUGCUAUAGAUUGACUGGGUAGCCGACUUUUUGGAAAACUAGCUACAAGCAAAAUAACUUUUAGAUAAACUCGGUCGCUAUUCAAUAGAAGAGUUAUUUGUUUCCUGUCGUCCGGGCAGCUUCUCUUUCAACUGCUGCACCCAUAGCCAGGGGAAAACUUCUUGUCUGACAGGUCGUUUUCCCAUGCAGAGCCAUGCAGCACG